AUGUUGACCAGUGCAGAAGCUGACCCUCGACCUCAAUGGUACGGAGUGACUCACUGGAAAGAGAACAUAUUCCAGUUCUUCCCCACUGCACUUCUUCAUCCUUUGCAGUCAUUGGGGGAUGCUGAUGCCCAAAGACUAUUUGGUCAGCUUGACGCGCACGAUGCCGAACUUAUUCUACUACGCAGGUUCAAGGACACACAGCAAAAGAAAAUUGCUGGUAUUGAGGCUGAACUGCCGUCUGUGCUUCGGGUUGAGAUGGACAGGAACGGCAAGCCCAGAGUGCCGCUUGACUUCUGGUACGCGCUCAAGGAUCUCAUGACAGCGGACGAUGACAUUCUCACCCUCAAGCACGCGAACACAGCAUCGCCCGAGAUCUCCAAGCAGCACUGGCUUGCAGUGAGGCAGCGUUUACAAGCAGACGGCUCUCUACCAUCCUCGGAUAAGAAGGGGGUUGCUCGAACAGAAAUUGAGUCCGCCGUGGACGAGAGGCUGGCCAGUCGCUGGAAGUCCUUCGUCCGGCAAAAUGCCAACGCCAUCAAUGAGAUUUUAGGCCACCCCACGGCCAGCAAGCUCACUGGCAUGUCGGACAAAGAAAUCAAGGCCGUCAUCGAAAAAACGAUCAAAUCGGACAAGCACGACAUGUUCGUCACGCGCAAGGAUUUUGCGGACCUAGUAAAGAAAGAAAUGGUUAGUCAUGAGGCCGAGUUCCGCAGCGAACUUCGCGACAUAGCCGCCCGCAUAAAGGAACAUAGCGCAGAACUCGCAAAGCUCCAGGAACGUACCCCCGGUGGAAUGUCGCAUGCCGAGAUCACCGAUCUCGUCCACGCUGCGGUAGCCAAAGCUAAGAGCAACGCCAAGGUAGAAGCCAUGGCCAAGGCUGGCAUCCGAUCACAGCUCGAAGAGCUUGAGACUCAGGUCAACUUCUUCAGUCAAUUUGGCGGCGCCGUCAUCGACCCCACAUACUCGUCGAAAGCAUGGAUUCCGCAAAAGAAAACCUGGAAGGGGAAAUCGUGGCUUGACCAGGACGGGUACAUGUCUGGGUACCGGCCCAAGAAGCCAAUAGAGGCCCUGCACCCGUGGCAUCAGGAAGGCGAAUGCUUCUGCGCAGAUGCCGGCCCGAAGGGAACGGGCGUAGGCACCAACAACAUAUCGGUCAAUAUCCCUCGUGAUGUCAUACCGCAAUACCUCGUGGUCGAGCACAUCCUCCCCGGAGCCACCCUUGACCCGGGCGCCAUGCCCAGGAACAUUGAAAUCUGGGCCUCUUUCGAUGAGGUGGAUCUGCGGAAGACGGUAUCCGGGUGGAGCGCGAACCAAUGGCCCCAAGCCCAGGAGGAGAAGACGUUGGGCAGUGACUUUGUCAAAAUUGGCCAUAUGGUGUACGAGAAAAGUUAUACCGGGGACGGGGUGCAGGUCUUCAAGUUCAGCAACGCGCUUCUAGAGAUGAAAGCGGCUUCGAGCCAUGUGCACGUGCGAGCUAUAGACAACUAUGGCGCCGACCAUACGUGCUUUUAUCGGCUGAGGUUGUUUGGCAACAUUCAAGAGCGAGAGGGGCUGAAACAGUAG